UUCACGAUGACUUCAACCAACAGCGCUGCACCAUAGGUUCUUGACCGUGUAGAACUAUUGUGACGCGGAUCAAGUCCUUAAUAAGGAUCUUUGGCAUAGCCCAUUCCGCAGCAAGCGUGUCUCGUCAACGACCCUAGCGACCCGCCGACCUAUGACCCACCUACAUGCUGUUUCUCACUCAAGCACCAUGAUACAGAAGCGGGCUUUCGUUGGAAUCUGUUAGGAUAGCUGUAGUUGGGGAAAGCUCUGUAUUUACUUAGAGUCGCGUAGUCGCGCGUCGCGAAGCCACCAUGGCCACCAAGAAACAAAUCCCAGACUCGGACGCAUCUGAAGAUUUAGAGACCGAGAAUGUCCAUACACCCGAGCCUAGAGACGAAGAAGAGAAGAAAGACGCUUCCCCGCCACAAUCGACACUUUCACACCGAUUUCGAGAAUCGCCGCAAAAGCGCUCCGAAGAUCGCAAGAGAGAGAAGAACUCGGAUGACUCUAUUGCAGUUAUGGUGCCGGCUCCUGAGCGGCCGUGGGAAUAUCAACCAUAUCGUGGCGACACAACAGUUGACUCUGUUAUUGAACUCAAGGUCAUGGAUGAUAGGGAGUGGUACACGAUCGAUUAUGAGGAUGGCAAGAGAGAACUUGUCCCUCUUGAGAAGCUUCUCAGCCUUCGAAACGGCCCAAACGCGCUGGAUAUCUUCGAAAUUGGAGAAGAAGAUAUUGAGGAUUCGCAAGACAACAGCCAUUCGAGUUUCGAGCGCGGUAUGUCUUCCUCUGCUGGCAAGCGAAAUCGGACUACAGCAGCAAGAACUAGCUUUGUUUCUAGCUCUGUCAUACCUGUGGACUUCGGCGAUGACGACCUUUCUGGAGAAGACGACACAAUUGUCAAAAAACGCCGCCUCGGGAAAGGAAAAAUCUCGGUUUUGACAAACCGAAGUAGUCGCCAAGGGUCACGCCAGAGUAGUAGGCUUAGCAGCCGUCCUCAGUCUCGCGCCAACAACGGCGAUGAGAGUUCUGACGACUCUGACCUGGAACCACCAACGAGUCGGGGCAUGCAGCCAACCCGUGGUAGUCGGUUCGCAACACGUUCUUCUGGACGAAACACGCGAUCAUCCACCGCAAAACCCAUCAUCAAGUUGCUUACAAAACCUUCCAAGACCAUUGACGAUAAUGAAUCCGAUGAAUUGGCUCGAGACGUGCCCGAAGACAGCGACGGUUCCCACAUCGUCUAUCGGCAACGUAGCCAGAAGAAGACAACCAAAGGUCGGCAAAGCAGAUCCGAAUCGAAGGGGAAACAUGGUAGAGGUCGCCGAAUUGUUGAUGAUGAGUCUUCUUCAUCUCCAGAGCGAGCCACUCGCCGGUCUGGCCGUGAAAGAGUCGUCAAAAACAUGAGGGAGCGUGACAUGGAAGAGGAAAUCUAUGCCGAUGAAGUCGCUACCAACAAUGCACCUAAAGUCAUCAGCAUACGAGAAAUCUUCCAGCCAGUCCCCAAAGACUCGCCUUUCCGCCUUUUGCACAACCAGGAUUGUGAUGUAUGCGGAGGCACCGGAACACAUUCCAACAAAGGCCCUAGUCCUCUGAUAUUCUGCCAAGGAUGCUCCACCUCAAUUCACAAGGUAUGCUUGGGAUACCGCAGUGGAAGAGAUCAUAUGGUCACCAAAGUCGGCCAGGAAAAUUUUGUCAUGCAAUGCCGUCGAUGCAUUGGUGUCGUGGCAAAGAAGGAUCGAUUUGCCCCACGACUCGAUAUCUGUCAAGGCUGCAAUCAGGAGGGGCCAGCCUGUGCGGCUUUCUCGCCAAAGAGGACUGCCAAGCAAGAGGAAAAGCUACGAGAGGAGAACGCUGGAGAUGACCCGGUCACGGAAGUCUCGGAAACUUUGAUAAAUAAUUCCAAGAACGUCUUAUUUCGGUGUACUUCUUGUGCACGCACUUAUCACUUUAAUCAUCUACCACCCUUGUCGAAGUCUUCCAAGACACCAGAGGACGUUGAUGAACUUCGCCAAGAACGCUUCGAAGAGUACUCACAAGGAUGGCAAUGCAAGGAAUGCCUGGAGGUUCCGGCAAAAAUUGAUGCUCUUGUUGCAUGGAGACCCGUGGAUCGGGAUUCUUACGUCACUGGCCAGACACUCGAAGACUUUACUGAGGACGAGAAGGAGUACCUGAUUAAGUGGGAAGGGAAGUCACACUUUAAAUGUUUAUGGAUGCCUGGUGCUUGGGUAUGGGGUGUCACUGUUGCGAUUAUGCGGAACGCUUUCCUGAAACGAGACGAAGGGAUCAAUCUGCUUCCGAAAUGGACUUCCGAGGAAGCAAUCCCCGAGGAAUUUCUACGUAUGGAGAUCGUUUUCGAUGUCAGCUACGUGAAAGGCUUCCGUCCCAAAUCAGAGUCGGCGGACAAGGCAGCGAUCAACAUGGUAGACGAGGUUCUGGUCAAGUUUCAAGGACUUGGUUAUGAUGAUGCAGUCUGGGAGGAGCCUCCAAAGCCAGAUGAUGAAGAUCGAUGGAGUGAUUUUGUGGCAGCCUACAAUGAGUAUGUUGUCGGCCAAUACUUCAAAAAUCUCCCAGCAGCGGCCAUGAAGGAGCGCGUGGAUGACUUUCGAUCAUUACAUUUUGCAAAGAAGGUCGAACUGAAGAAACAGCCAUCGGCUCUCACAGGGGGCGAAAUGAUGCCUUAUCAAAUGGAAGGUCUCAAUUGGCUAUUGUAUAAUUUUCAUCAGAAGAAGAACGUUAUCUUGGCUGAUGAAAUGGGACUUGGGAAGACCAUCCAAAUCAUCUCUCUAUUUGCGUCUCUCGUCAAAGGCAAUCCCAAGUGCUGGCCCUUCCUUGUGGUAACUCCCAACUCGACUUGCCCAAACUGGCGCCGAGAAAUCAAGAAAUGGGCACCCUCACUUCGAGUUGUCACGUACUACGGUGGUAAGAAGGCGCGAGAUAUGGCUAUGAAAUACGAACUAUACCCCAAUGGAUGCUCAGACCUGAGAGCGCAUGUGGUCGUUACAUCUUACGAAGGCCCUACGGAUGACUCAAGUAAAUCUUUCUUCCGUAAGGUGAAGUGGGCUGGAAUGAUUGUGGACGAGGGCCAGCGUUUGAAGAACGACGCAAAUCAGCUUUACGUCGCCUUGAAGGCAUUGAAGAUUCCGUAUCAAGUUCUUCUCACCGGCACCCCUCUGCAAAAUAAUAAGCGGGAGCUAUUCAACCUACUCCAAUUCCUGGAUAAAUCCAUGAAUGCUGCCGAAUUGGAUGAGAAGUAUGAGGAAUUAACGAAGGAGAACCUACCGGAGCUUCACGAGCUUAUUCGACCAUUUUUCUUAAGGAGAACCAAGCUUCAGGUCCUGAAAUUCCUGCCGCCGAUGGCGCAAGUCAUCCUGCCAGUGACGAUGAGUUUAGUACAGAAGAAGCUUUACAAGUCUAUCCUCGCCAAGAAUCCAGAGCUUAUACGGUCCAUAUUUGGGCAGAGUAAAGCUGCUCUUCGACCGGCUGAGCGAGGAAAUUUGAACAAUAUCCUCAUGCAGCUACGUAAAUGUCUUUGCCACCCCUUCGUUUACAGCCAGGCAAUUGAGGAACGAACGGUCGGCGAAGCAGCUCUCCAUCGAAACCUUGUUGAUGCAUCUUCUAAAUUUCAACUACUAGAGAUCAUGCUACCGAAAUUGCGAGAACUAGGUCAUCGAGUCUUGAUAUUUAGCCAGUUUCUCGACCAGCUGGACUUGGUGGAGGAUUUUUUGAAUGGACUUGAUCUGCCUUUUCAACGGUUGGAUGGUCGGAUUGGUGCAUUAGAGAAGCAGAAGAGAAUCGAUCAGUUCAACGCGGCUGAUUCGCCGCUCUUCGCCUUCUUACUUUCAACUAGAGCUGGAGGUGUUGGCAUCAACCUUGCGACAGCUGACACAGUUAUUAUCAUGGACCCCGACUUCAAUCCUCACCAAGAUAUACAAGCUCUUUCCCGCGCUCAUCGAAUCGGUCAAAAGAACAAGGUCUUAGUCUUUCAACUCAUGACUAAGGAUACUGCUGAAGAAAAAAUUGUCCAAAUUGGCCGCAAGAAAAUGGCCCUCGAUCAAGCCCUUAUCGAGAGCAUGGGUGCCGAAGACGAUGCUGGUGUUGACCUGGAGUCCAUCCUCAAACACGGGGCUGAAGCAUUAUUCAACGACGAUGAUCGGAACGAUAUUCAUUACGAUUCUGCUUCCGUUGACAAGCUCCUCGACCGAACCAAGGUCGAAAAUAUCAACCCUAAUGAAGAAACGACCGCAGAAUCUCAAUUCUCUUUCGCGAGGGUUUGGGCCAAUGACAAAGGCACUCUAAUAGAAGAUCUAGGUGAUGCAGAUGCCGAACCAUCCGUCCCGAACUUCUCAGUCUGGGACAAAAUUUUGAAGCAACGUGAAGCAGAUGCGGCAGCUGAAGCCGCCAGAAACAUGCAAACGUUUGGCCGUGGAAAGAGAGCACGCCAGAUGGUCGACUACAAGAAGAACGUAGACCUCGACGACGACAUGCUAGACUCCUCGCCUUUGAAGCUACCAAACAAAGGCCGCCCCGAUGAGUCGGCAAGUGACAUAGAUUUCGCUGCUGGAGAUACUGAUGGAGAUGACGAUUCUGACGGUGGAGAAAUGGUGGAUCCGCGAGAGUUACAGCCACCACAGGAGCGCUCAAGAAGCUCAAUCACCACACCGCCAAAAGAAUAUCGACCAAACUCCUCAAAUCACAGCCCACAAUUCAAUCGAACCUUCGAAGAAAGAUCCCGUCAACCCGUCCCUGGAUUCCGGCACGCUCCAGACGUCAAUUUCAACGAGCCUGCUAGCCACCAAUUCCGUUCCAAUUCAAGGUCUAGGGCCUAUGAAAAUGGAUUUGGACAACAGUCUAGGGCAGAUGCAAAUCCAAUCCACCAAAAUGGAUCUGGACAACGACCCAGACCAGGUGCAACCCCGGGCCAACAAAAUGGAUUUGGCAAACAUGUCCAAGACCAGCGAAGCAGCCCCCCGGCUUAUCCUGCGAUUCUCCCUCCCGUCAAAAAUGGGAGAGCUAGCAACCAAACUCAAGCAGAGCAUUUCUGCAACCACUGCCAAACCAGACACGUUGCCGGACAGUGCCCACUGCAAAUGAUGGGUGCCGACUAUUGCAAGCGGUGUGGAGUGGCCCAUUUCGGAUUCUCCGACAAAUGUCUCCAUUACUUGAGCGUCUUACAAAUCCGGGUCCUGCUGGACUCCUUACGCCAGAGCAACGAGCCAAAAGCAAAGGUUGACGCAGCGCGUGUGGUCCUUAGGCGGGAACUUGCAAGAAAGUUGCAGCCGAGUAAAAAAACCCCACGUACUGGCCUUCCCUCUUAGAGUAAUUACCAUCGAAGGGGUCUGAAGGCAAUUAAGCCUUAGAUCUGCAGCAGGUCAAGCAUGGCAGGAUCCCGCUUCCCAGUCAAUUCGUCGUCAUUGGCUCUCUACAAACUCUUUCUAUUCAUAGUUUUCUUCUUUUUCGUCUUCGGGCCUGCAAUGCUUCUUGCUGGGUAUCGGAGACGAUUGGCGGGAUGAGCCUUCAGCUCAAUCCAGAUCUUGCAUGGCGCAGCGUUAUGAGAGACAUUUUCAUAGAGCGUUCAGGUUUUAGACUGAUUCAGGAAGACCGGCCGGAAGUUCUCUACUCAAUGCACAGAUUUCUUCCAUUCGAGUUAUCACCCUGAAAUUCCUUUUCU